UUUUUCGUCCCUUUCCGCCCUUAAGCAAUUUCGUUUUCUAGCCCGGUCGUUCCCUUUUUGAUUUAUAUUUGCCCUUCGGUGAACGGUCUCUUCUCGAAAGUGCCACUCAUUCAUUCCAUUUUUAAAAGGUCGAACGGAUACGAUGUCUCCGGUGUUGUCACCACUGCACCAAUGAAACGGUUCAAAAGGCCGCGAGAUACAUCAAUUACAUUCUAUUACUUAUUUGGAUUUCAACGGAAACAACAUUUUGUUAACGGAAAGAAGACUUGCAUCGUAGCAAUUUUUGUGACAGUGCGUACAGGAAUCGGCACUCUAUGGCUCUGAGCGUGGCGCGUGCGCCGCUGCGUGUUCAGUUGCGGCCGCAAUACGAACAAGAAUAGCCGUCACUCAGAUUGUUCUUGACACCCAUCCUUUAACAUUUGAAACUAUUUCAUUUUAAAAUAUCACUUUAUUUUGUUUAACGUUCCUGUGUGUAAAAUCGUGUGUUAUUAAAAUAAAUUUUAUUUAAAGAAAUUCAAACCUAUCGCUUCCGAGUAGUUUGAAUUUUAGGAUCACUUUUUAUCAUAUGCUUAUAUUACGAUACCCAAUUGAUAAGCAUGGCUAUAAUAUAGAUAACACCAACAGUGACGCUCGAUUACGCGAACUUCAUUUGCUGUAAACCUACUAGCUUAGUUCGUGUUUACAUGUCAGGCGUAUAUUUAGUGCUUGUUUUAGAGGCAACUGAACAGUGAUUGUGUUGAUACGUAUGAGUGAUGCGCCUGAACCGAUGCAAGUGUAGCGUUGGACCUAUUUUCGUAGCACGGAAAUAAGAGCGGCAAAAGGAGCAAAAAGCAUUCACUACCUAAAAACUUGAGGACGCAUACGUCUAUGCCGGGUGUAUUUUUGUCUGAUGUGAUCAAAUGUCUAUAACAGUUGAGUGUACAGUUGUAGUGUUCCAAAUUUAAAAAUGAAGAAAAGAACAAUAUCAAAAUUGAAAUCGAUAUUCGGCUCAAAGAAAGGCAAACGGCAACAAGAACAACAGCAAUCUUUAAAGUCUUCCCGCUCGCCGUCACCGGAUCUCCACAGUCCGGCCUCCACCGGCAGCGAAUCGUUCCGGCCGAUACAACGGACUCCACCCCCCUCUCGUAUUGGACCCCCGCCUUCCCCUCCAGUGCCUACAAACCCGAUAGCUCCUGUCGCCCCUGAACCUUCUGGCCCUUUACCUCUGUCGCCAUGUCCUGUUUGCGGACGAACGUUCGUACCUCAGUCGCUAGCGAAACACGUCAAAAUAUGCGAGAAAAUGACCGUAAAAAAACGAAAAACCUUCGACUCUUCAAGACAGCGACGUGAAGGCACGGACUUAGAACAAUACUUGCCAAAGAAUUUCGGUCUUCCAGAAAACAGUCCCUUCCUCGAGAAGAGUCCGCCGAACACUGCCAAAGCUGCGCCCAAACCUAAAAAUCCUUCUGUGAGAAGUGCUAUUAUGAAGCCCGCAGCCGACCUACAGAAGUGUCCGCACUGCAAUCGCGCGUUCGGGAUGCGUGCGUUCGAGCGUCACGUGGAGUGGUGCGCGGACAAGGCAAAGAUCUUACCGGCGGCGCCCGGGCAGCCUCCGCCUCAUAUUGCUGAUGCGAAACAGAGACUUAACGCUCGCACGCAGUAUAAAGCACCCCCAGUUCGUGGCAGACGAUCCUCACAAACACGUGAAAAAUCAACAAACAGCCGGUCAGCAUCAGUGGAAUCGACACGCGGCGUGUCACCGCCUCGUGAGUACGGAGACUACAGACACACUCGUACUAGAGCAUCAGAAUCCGUAUCCAGCAAUGACUGUCAUGAAGAAAAUGCAGCGCACGUUCCAGUCAUAAGAAACUCAAGAAUUGGGCAAAAUAACUCAUCUGGAGAUGCCAAUGUGAAAGCCAGACAAGCAAGACUUGCUAGAGACCUAAGCAGCUCCAGACCGUCCCAAGAAUCUGAUCCAUUCGAUAUCCAACAAACCAAUAAAGAUCUUAAUAUUAAAAAAAAUGAUACACACAGUAAACCCAUAUGUAGAUUAAAUAUAAAAAAACGAGAACAAUUAAAAAAACUCGAAGAAAUUGCUAACAAAUACAGUGAAAAGAAACAAAAUGUACAAAAAGAUAAAUUAAAGAAUACUACUAAAAGUUUAGAUAAAAAAGAUUUGAAAGAUACAAAAAGUCAGAUUCCAAUACCAAGAAAAACAAAUCUAAAAGAGCGAAAAGUGAUCGAAGCACAGAUUUUAGACAAAACUAAUAAUGUUAAUUCAAUUGAAACGGAAGGAACACUUUCUAGACAAAAUGCUAAUUCAUCAAAAGUACUGAGCGCUCGGAACGUUAAAAAUAAAGUAAAAGAAAAACACAUAAUGAAAAAAGAUUGUACAAAUAUGGUCGAAGAAAGUACAAUGAGUUUAGAUAGCCUCGAGAACGGUUCAUUAAAUACGAACACAGAUAAAAAGAGUCAAUCAGUAGGGAUAAAUACAGAACUUUUAUGUCCUUGUAUACCUUGUGUCAUAUAUGAGACUUCAGAACAGAAACCAAUGAAUAAAAAACGCAACAAAACAUUACCAAAAAAUAAAUUAAAACAAGUCAAAGUUAAUAAUUCAGACUCGCCUAUAGAAUUGCUUUAUAAAAAUCCUAAAAUAGAAAGUUUUUGCGAUGUUGAGAGCGAUAAAACCUGUAAUGAAAAUGUCAACCAAUCAACAGAAAAUUUAACGUUGGUGAAUUAUAACCAAAGAAAUGUAACCGAAUGUAAAUCUUUUACCGAUGAUUCAUUAACAGAAAAUAAUUUAGAUAACGAAAAGACUUGUGAAGAUAAAACCAAAACUAUAUUUGACGUACAUUAUAUAGAUUAUAUAGAACCGAACAAAAACUCUUCUAAUGAUAAUAUGGUAGACUGUAUAUCUAAUUUAUCAGCAGAAAAUAUUGAAACUAAUUGUGAACAUGAUCUAAGUGAGGACAGUUUUGAAGAUUCAUGCGAUAUUAAAAAAGAUGUUAGUGCAGAGGGCAAUAUAGAUUUAGUUUGUCGUCAUAGUAGUGGUGAUACCUAUACAAAAUUUACGGAGGAUCCUGCUGAUUUAGAAGAGUUUUAUAUCAUAACCGAUAAAAUGAUUAAUAAUGAUAACACACAAUUUCAAACGAUUGAUAUGGAAAAAUCUGUUCAAGAUAUCCAUACGCCACGAACAGAUUCGAUUGAAUCCAUGAAUAGAAAACUAUCAGAAAAUAGCCUUAAAGAUACGUCUAAUCCGGGACCCAUUUUCUCAGAUACAUUAGAAGAGUUAAAAAAUAACUUAAAAGAUCUUCUAAAAGAAGCUGAUGACGAAGCGGAGAAUUUAAAAAAAUACAAAGAAAUGAAUGAGUCUGAAAUAAAGAAAAAUGUAUGUGAUAUGGAACAUAUUACAAUAUAUGGACUUCAAUUUAAUGAACAAAAACAGACAGUUGAAAACAAUACACUGGAGGGAAAACCAUCAGAAUUAAAGUUACCGUCAAUAAAUAAAACUAAUAAGUUUUCGCACAACGAUAAUGACAAAAAUGUACAUUGUAAUAUCUAUAAAGCAAAUAAAAACUCUAGAAUGUUAAAACAUAAGAAAAGAACAAACAGCGAAUAUCGAACAUUUAUUAUAAAAGAAAACCAAGAGGAUAAUUAUGAUGAAACACCACCGUUAAAGUUGCCUCGCAUCGAAAAUAAAAGCAGUAACAAUAUAGUGAGUGACAAAAUUUUCCCAUCCUCUAUUAAACGUUCCACCUCCCUCCUUGACUCCAUUCAAAAGAAAACCGGAACUAAGUUAGAUAAUCCAAAAGGUCGUCACAAGGCAGACCAACUUGAAGAAGAUCUGAUGCAAUCUUUAAAAGAUUUUGACAAGUUCUAUGAGUCCGAAAGAAUUGAAAAUCAACCUUCGAAUAUAGAGGUUGUUAAUAACAAUAAAAUUGUAUAUAAUGACAAGUCAAAGAAAGAAUUUCGUCGAAAACUGGACCACAAACCUAACAAACAUGAAACUAACUUUAAUGGAAACUACACACCUAAUGGAAAAACAACAAAUGAUUCAGCAUAUAGCAGGUUAGUCAGCCUGAAUAGAAUUUCACCGUCAAAGCUAUCUUUGUGUAAUGCAAAAGAGCAGAACGGAGUCACGUCUCUUGAACAAAUACCUACUGGUUCAGAUUCAAACAGUAGCCACAAAGAUGAUGUCCGCUCAAUUUCCAGUGAAGAAUUUUUAGCAAUGGAACGGUCAGCUGAGCUCGACGGACCAAUACAGCGUAAUGAAACACACAAGGAAUUAGAAACCCCUGCAAUCAAAGAUAAAAAAGUUAGUUCCCGGGCGUCUUCUAGGCAUAGUCCGACGUGGAGGCCACGGCACGAGACUCUGAGCUCCAGUGGAUCUGAAACGUCUCUGCACCGACAACGUAGAGACUCCAUACCCGCACCGCGUCUCUCGCGCUUCUGUCACGAGUGCGGAAAUAAAUUUCCCGUAGAGACAGCCAAAUUUUGUAUCGAAUGUGGUGUCAAAAGACUUGUAGUGUAAUCAAGGUUAUGGUGUGUGGUUGUGGAUGAGCGAUUUCUAGUCUAAAUAAUUGUUUGGGGUUUGUGAGCUACCUUGACGUGCACUUGCAAAACAUUUGCCAAUUAUGGCGUAAUGUCAAUUUAUUUUUGAUGAAUGAACUUGACGUUGAACUUUAUGAAGAGUAAUGUCCGCAUGUAAAGUAAUUAUUUCAUUAUAAAUAUUGAGACCCAAUUUAAAACGGAAAAUCUGAUUAAAUGUAAAUAAAAAUUAAUUUAUUGGCUGUUGGAUUCAAAAUACUUCUGUAAUUGUUUUAUUUACACAGAUAAUUUAAGAUAGAUCUCAAUUACUGCUAUUCAAUAUUUGCACAAUAAAAUUAUAAAAUAUAACAAAUUGUACAUUAAAAUUUUUAAAGAAGAAUGUAAGAUUCAAUUAAAAUAUGUCAUAUUUUAAUUGAUCGAUCGUUUGUUUUAAAAUGUAGUAUUACCAAAAUUUAUUAGUAAAACUACCUUUAACAUAAGUGCCUUUACCUGGUAGAAAAAAAUGUAUGAAACUUAUGAUACCCAUUUAAUAUAUUUUUACCUUUUAAUUAUUGUAAACUGGGGCCAGCAGCUUUUAAUUUAAAUAUCUGUGAUAUAUCAGAAAAUAGAUCAAAAACAUACAACUUGCAAGUUAAAAAAUACGAUUGAAAAAUUAAGUGCCAAUUUUGCUUUUGGUUUGAGUGGAAUUUUGUGAAUCUAUAUUUUUAUUUGUUUUGUACUUGUUGGUAAAUGUAUUUUGUUUUUUAAUGUUUUAGUUAAACUUCCAAGAUUUUUAAUUCUUUUAAUGUUUCUUCUACGAAUGUAGCCAUUUUUAACAAGACUGAUAUGAUUUUCAAAUAUUUGAAAGUAUGAUCCUUACUGACUGUUAUAAUGCAUUGUUUUAAUAAUGAUUACAUCAUAAUAAAUUAACAUUGAAAUUCAUUUGUUUUAUUU